UUUAGAAAACUCCCAACAAAUUCUGUGGACGCAGAGGAUGGGUGUCAAAACACGGAGUAUAUUGGUGUUCGAGAAGGAGCUGUUAAGAGCUGAAGAGACUGAAAACUACACCGAGAGAAAAUGGAUUAAAGAGAAUCGAUCAGAACUCGCUGCUAUGACACUCGCAGUGCACGACCAGAUUUUAAGCUGCAACUGCCCUGCCUCUAAGCACAAUGCCUUAUGGAAUUAAUUCUCGACAGCUUUGACAUCCCAUCACUGUUUACAUUCCAAAAGCAAAGAGUUUGGAAUAGAAGCACUUUUUACAUUUUUUUAUUUUAUUUGAAGCCCAUAACAUUUUUGGAAAGCAAACCUGUCAUUCUUUUUUUUUAACUUGUCUUUUAUCCUACUAUCCCACCGGGUGAAAGCUUAACAUGAGAUUCCGAAUCUACAAGAGAAAAGUGGUGAUCCUAACUCUGGUGGUUGUAAUCUGCGGCUUUGCCUUUUGGAGCAGUGGGAAGCAGAAAAAAGGAAGUGCUGUAUUUUCGAAGGAAGUAGAGGCUGUCAAGAAGAGCAGCAUUAGUAGCCAGGCACAGGUCACAGUACCAGUGACCCGGAAACCUGUAAAUGAAACGCUACCAGAGAGGAAAGCUUUGCCCAUGCCUGAGGUGGAUAAUACCACUUUGGUGUACCGGGGAAUUGUGUUCCAACUCAACUUCGACCAGACCUUAAGAAAUGAGGAGAAGUUCAGGUCUGUGCGUCAAAAGGAUGACCUGGUGGUUGUGAUUCAGGUGCACAACCGUCCGGAGUACCUGAGGCUGCUUGUAGAAAGCUUGAGAAAAUCAAAAGGUAUUGAGAAUGUCCUUCUUAUAUUCAGCCAUGAUUUCUGGUCCCCAGAGAUCAACCAAAUAGUGGCAUCCAUUGACUUCUGCUCGGUCCUCCAGAUAUUCUUUCCUUUCAGCAUUCAACUUUACCCACACGAAUUUCCAGGGCAUGACCCCAGAGACUGUCCCAGAGACAUUUCCAAGCAAGAUGCCUUAAAAGUUGGCUGCAUAAAUGCAGAUUACCCUGAUUCUUUUGGACAUUACCGAGAAGCCAAAUUUUCUCAGACCAAACACCACUGGUGGUGGAAGCUGCAUUUUGUUUGGGACAGGGUUCGAGUGUUAAAGGAUCACAAAGGAUUGGUGCUUCUUAUUGAGGAGGACCACUAUUUAGCUCCAGACUUCUAUCAUUUUCUUAAGCUGAUGACCUCUAUAAAGAAGGAGCAUUGUGCCGACUGUGACAUUCUUUCACUCGGAAGCUAUGGGCACAUCGGGUACUCCAGCAAAGCCAAUCGAGUUGAGGUGAAAGUCUGGAAAUCGACCGAGCACAACAUGGGUAUGGCCAUGGACAGGGAGACGUACCAAAAACUCAUCAAAUGCACUGACACGUUCUGCACCUAUGAUGAUUACAACUGGGACUGGUCACUUCAGCACCUCACUGUGACCUGUCUGCCCACUUACUGGAAGGUGAUGUUGAGUGAAGCACCCCGCAUCUUUCAUGCAGGUGACUGUGGCAUGCAUCAUAAGAAGUCCUCUUGUUUACCCAAUAGUCAGAAGACAAAAAUAGAAACCAUUCUUCAGAGCAGUACACACCAGCUCUUCCCAAAAACUUUGCUAAUCACUAAGAGACUGCCUGCAGCCGGGACUGGUGGAUUAGCCCCGCAUGUCAAAAAUGGAGGCUGGGGUGAUAUCAGGGACCAUGAACUCUGCAAGAGCUAUCUUCGGUUGCAGUGACCAGAAUCUGUAAUUUUGUUUGUUGGUUUGGUUGUUUUUGCAUCCUCUUAUGAAAGCCUUUACAAAUUCUUAAUUCUUUAUAUUGCCUGUUUUGUUGAAAUAUUCCAAAUAAAAUGGUAUAUGUAA